UGAGGAGACACGGAGGAGUAGCGUGACGUUCACUUCAACGGAGCACACGAGACGAACGCGGGACGUAACGGGUCGCGCGCUCUGGAUUCGGGCGUGCGGUCUUAAAACGAAGCGGUGUUAUGGAUAUCAUCGUUUCCGAAAUCCCCAUGAAGGUUAAAGCCAAAAUCUUCGGCAUCCUCACAACGCACGACAGCCGGAAUUGUGUGAUUCGUGACAUCGCAUCCGUUUGAGGAAAAUGACUGGCGCGCUGUAAAGCAUCUGAUAUUAUUCCCGCCCCGAGAAGAAUGCUGCAACAGAACAACAACAAUAACUGCUUGGACAUGGCCCAUAGGGAGCUACUGCAUGAAUGCCGAAGAACCAAUGUCUCAUUCGCCAGUGCCCUUGAGUUUGGAGCCAUACCCCUGAUUAAAGGCCUGAGAGCAUGGGCUGUGAGUGGCGGCUACUCUAAAGCCAGAAGAAAGGCCGCUAAUGGAUCUCGGGCACAGGGCACUUGCCAACAGCCUCCUGAAAACAGGGCAGGGCAGAGAAGCUGGUCAGGUCAGGUCAGCAGUGGCUAUGGGCACACACUGGAUAGCACAAUUAGUGCGACCAGAGCUCCAGGGGUCAGGCAAGGCGGUCUUGGCGCUCUUGUAACUGUGGCCACUCUGAAGGGCACUGAGGGGGGCGGUAGGCAGACUCAGACCCGCUGCCUCUUUCUCAAGGCCCAGGGAAGGGGCAGCUACAUCUGUGCUGUUGGAAACCGCGGGACUGGGACGAGAGUCACGGGUCCACGGACUCACGCUGUCAUUCUUGAGGGGACCAAGGAAGAGCUUAAAUGUUCCUCUAAAGGGCAGAAAUUGAGCCAGGAUGGGCCAGACGAUGGAGGGCUGUUCAAGGCCAAGCCCAGGGCCAUACGAAAAUGGAGGAAGUGCGGUAAAACAACGGAGAAAAGAGCGGCGGCUCACGGCAAAGGGGAAAAUGCCAGUGACCAAAAAAAUGCAGUGAUUUCAGACGCACACCCGCUUAGCGCAACACCGGAUAACACAAUAACACAAUGCCAGACGGGUGGCUCUCCGAGUCAGGACGACUCGAAGUUGGGCAAAUAUGAAAAGGCUCAUUCCCCCGUAUUAGCGAGAGCUGUUACACCCGAGAGCACAGAUCCACAAACCUGCUGCUCUUCUGCCAAAUCACGUGCCAAACCAGGCGAGCAGGCCGAAGAUGAGAUGAGAAUGAAUCAACCCGAUAACUGUGCUAAAGAAGAAUCCAGUGAACAAGAAGACACAGAGGUCAGCAAAUGUGACCUUGAUGCAAAUGAACGGCAGAACAUUGUUGCUGAUGUGCCAAACCUAGUAGCAUCUGAGACUCGCUCUGAUAGUCCAAGAAUCGAGUUGACCACUAUAAACUGUAAUACAGAGCCAAGCCUAGACCGUUCUCCCUCCAAAGUCCCUGUCAGCGUUCAGAAGAAUGAAGAAUCCAGGCCAGACGAGCGCUUACUGAAUUUACACUCUGUGGAGCCGGCCGAUCUUGCAGCACGGAGAGAUGGGACUCCAGACACAAAGAAUAGAGUUGUGCCGGAGGGCCGCACUCCAGUGGGUGCUGAAUGUAGCACUACAGAAAAGAAAAGGAGGCCGUCCAUGUGCUCACCUCAGCAUUGGGAGGAAUUAAUAGCAGAGCAUGGAGAACUUGAAGUUCAGCAGUCUGACAAAUCCUCUUCACAAGGCUUUAGCGCACCAACAGCCAAUAUAACUGUAUCCACUAUUCACUCCCUGCCUAAUCCUGCCCCUACCACCACCGCUGCCAUAGCAACAGCCAUCCCAGCAUUAAGCAGGGGGGAGGCGGGGGCUAGAGGUGGAGACUUGCUGCCUCUGGUAAACUCAGAGUUGCUAUCAGAGCCGGCAAGAGUUGACGACAAGGACAAGGUGGCCGCUGACGAGGGGUCUCUUGAUGUGGGCGAAGAGGAGGAGGAGGAGGAUGAGUUUGGGGCUUUCAUGCAGGCAGGUGCAGAGCAGCUGUGGACGAAUGGGUUCAGUGAGGUCCAACAGUUGGCUGAGGAUUGCAACUGCGAGGAACACACAAGUUCUGCUGAUGCAAACGAAGCCUCAUCCUGGGCAUCUGAUUGGACCACAGUCCAGUCGUUCCAGCAGCCAGAGAGCACAUGGACUGCCUUCGCUCAGGAGCCUCUGGAGCAGAAGAUAGUGCCUGGUGGCCAGUGGUGGCCUUCUACCGAAAAGCCAAACGUUCCUCUCUCUCCUCUCCAUAAUGUGUCUAAUGUGUUUCUAGAGGCCUUUCCCUCAGAAAAGUCCCCCCGUGAAGAUCCCGAAUACAUUCCUACGCUAAAGCAGCUUCUGCAAGGGCCAGCUGAAAACAGCAAUACAGGGGAGCACAAGGAGCAGAGCUUACUUGAAGGCCUCCAGGAUCUGGACCGGAUGAUUGGUGUGAAAUAUAAGAGGGCGGAGUCUCUGUCCUGUAAACUUCUCCUCCGGUCACUGCAUUUGGAACGUCCCAGCUCUGAAUGCGCGACAGUUCGGCUGAAGACCAGUGCCAGAUUUUCUCCAAAUCUCCCAACGUCCAACCAGCAAUUAGCUGCAAAUGCUAAGAGAAGACUGUCGUACGACUUCAACAGAAAUAUCACGGCCUAGUCUCUAUAUCUGCUGAACCUCUUUGACCUAUGCUUCCUCCAAAACAGGAAAUACAGGAGAGAGGAAAAAUACAUGCUGAAAAACUGAUUUGAGGUUCAUUUAAAGUGUAUUUCUUCUUUCAGUGUCUGUUUUCACUCAGCGUCUGGUAGAUUCUGUUUCUCAUUGAGCUGUGUAUUAAGACACCCGAGACCUACGUUUAACCAAAUAUAUGGUUUUUUAGUAUUUCUCGAAAUUGGGUUAAAUUGGGACAAAUCUUAAAAAAAAUAAAAAAAAUAGUUCAGUCCAGUUAUUGGAGCCAUUUUGAUAUAACUGAUAUAAUCAGAUGAAAAUAUGUCGACAUGUAUUUGUGUAUUCCUUUCAGUCACUGCUAUGGAUUAUAUUUGUUAGGAUAUUUUUUCUGGAGUCAUAGCAAACCAGUUAGUGCACAUUCACAUCUGGGCCGUCACAUCCUGAUCCGCGUCCCAAACUUUCCUUUCUACAGUCUCACGUGAAGUAAACUUGACGAAAAACAGUAAUAAUGUGAUUUUUGGGAGAUUAGGAUCCACUCCCAGCAAUCUCUCUUUCGCCUGAAAACUGUUGAAGCAAAUUUCCACAAAAUGUAUUUUCAUACACCACCUCACACAGAGAUCCAUUUCCUGUUCCCAUGUCUUUUUCCCCCUGUGCUUGAAGUACUAAAUAUGACACUGUAGUGUACCAUUUUUAACUCCUGACGAAUAGAGACCAUAUUUUGAGAAGUGUUUUAAAAUGAAUGUUGACAUUUUAAAUUGAACCUGUAAGCUUGUUUGUUGAUUGAUGUAAUUAAAACAUCUUUGAAGGACUGAA